AUGUCUCCCCCCUGCCACUAUGAAAUACCUGAUAGCCUGACAGUUUUGCGGGUCCUCCAGUUUCCUGGAGGGCAAUCGCCAAAGGAGUCUCAUCUAAUAGCGGAAGGGUCCCUUGAGCUCGAGCGCCCCCUGGACUGGCCCCUGGCACGAGAACCGGAGCCUCCUCUGGGCGGCGGCGAUGGCUACUCGUGGUGGUGUAUAAAGACCGUCGAUCUUACGACGCAGCACGUACCUCCACUGGAUCCUCCAUUACGGUCAACUGCACGUACCAUGAGACCUCUGCUUCUAGUAUUGGCGGUGCUCUUGUGUGGCCUGCUGGUGUCAGGUAAACCAAAUGGAAGCCCUCGAGAUCUGACGGAGUCAUUUCAAGGGCAAGACACUCAAGUUCCCACUGGAUUGAUCGGCCAGCCAAGCGGACCAAACAAAGCUGAAGAAGCACGCUCUCCACCGGAUACUGACUCCUCAGUAAGCAAUGGAAGAAGCGGAGAUUCUGAGACCAAGGAACAAGGCCAGAAGGAGAUGGGUGAAAAUUUAGCGAGGCCAACACGCGACGUUCAGAACGAUAAUUGAGAGGGCACCUUCCCUCUUAGGACAGAGUUGGAAGUCUGAAAGCAAAUAAAACUAAGGUUGGUUCAAACCCUCCUAUGAACCAAUGAACUUAUAUACGGCUAUCAGCAAUGUUAAUUCAUGUCGAAAGUCCCCAGUUUCCUGAAUUAGGCUAGCUUUUUAAACUGUAGUCAAGGCGUGGUACGUUUUCCAGCGAUGCUACGCAGCUUGUUCACUAUCCUUAUGAAAAUGAAUAAAAUCAUUAAAUUUGUGCUGUUA